AUGCUGAGACUGCUCCAGCCCAAAGUUGAGAUUAUGCUAAGCGGCCACUUUGUCUCUCGAUGCAGCGAUUACAUCAUCUACAGCGUCGAAGCGAAGAACAUCGACGCCGUUGUGAAGGCCUUCGGACCGUCCACCAAAGUUGGCGCCAUCGUCGGCGGCCAAACUUCCUGCAAAGCCCCAGAAAUCGCAGCCUUCGAAAAGCACCUCCCCGCCGAUGUCAGCAUCGUAUCCUGUCACUCCCUCCACGGGCCUGGUGUAGACCCCAAAGGCCAACCACUCGUCCUGAUCAAGCACCGCGCCUCCGAUGCGGACUUCACCUUCGUCGAGACGGUCCUCUCGUGCCUGCAAUCGAAGCACGUCUACCUGACCCGCGAACAACACGACCGCAUCACCGCCGACACGCAAGCCGUCACGCACGCCGCCUUCCUUAGCAUGGGCGCCGCAUGGUCCGCCAACAACCAAUUCCCCUGGGAGACACCGCGCUACAUCGGCGGCAUCGAGAACGUCAAGAUCAACAUCACGCUGCGCAUCUACGCGAACAAGUGGCACGUAUACGCUGGUCUCGCAAUCCUGAAUCCGGAUGCCCAAAAGCAGAUCAAGCAGUACGCCGAGUCCGUGACGGAGCUGUUCAAGCUCAUGCUCGCAGGAAACCGAGACGAGCUGUCGCGCCGUGUGUAUGCUGCGAGAGAAGCGGUGUUUGGCGGCGCGCACGAGAAGAAAGAAGGACAGGAAUUGCUGCUGCGAGAUGACUUGCUAGAUCGAUUCAGUCUGGGUGAGAUGCCAGAACGGAAGCUGAAGAACAAUCAUCUCAGUCUUCUCGCUAUCGUGGACUGUUGGUGGAAACUGGGGAUCGUGCCGUACGACCACAUGAUCUGCUCUACGCCUCUGUUCCGCAUGUGGCUCGGCAUCACCGAGUCGCUGUUCCGCAACUCAUCUCUCCUCGAAGAAGCAAUCGACACCGCCAUCAACGACAACACAUUUCGCGCCGACGAUCUUGAGUUCACGUUCGCCGCGCGCGACUGGAGCCAGAGAGUCAGUCUGGGCCACUUCGAUACAUAUAGAGAGAAGUUUGAGGGCAUUCAGAAGUACUUUGAGCCCAGGUUUCCGGAAGCGACGAAGAUGGGAAAUGAGAUGAUUAGGGCGAUCUUGGAGAAGACGAAGGAUUCGUGA